GAGAACAGUUUAGUUAGACUUUAGUUAGAGUUUAGACUUUAGUUACUCAGUACUCACCAUUCAGAAGCGUAGUGUAAAAUAUGGCUGCUAGAGCUAGGUUAGGAGGUGUACACAGAUACAAUACCAACAAGGGAACCCAGCCUUAUAUAGCUACAGCUAGUGUUAGUGUAGGUGGAGAUGAUUGGGCGAACCAAGUGAUAAAUAAUGUAGUUGGAGAAGGAGGAGAGGAUCAUCAUGAUAAUCUUGAACAAGAACGUGAGCUUGCAGUUGAAAAAAAGAUUGGAGAGAAAAAACGGUUAUUUCACACAGGACGACUUUUAGAGUUAAAAAAUCUGCCAGAUGGGGCAACUGAGCAGGAUAUCCGGUUAUCUUUCCCAGAUCUGGAUAUUCUCCGGGUACAGAUAGACAGAGACGAUGUAAGACACAGACCCGGAGCUAAGCUAACCCUAAAAAACCCCGAGGUUUUGGAGAACUGGCCAAAGUCCCGCGAAACUUGUUUUGUAAAAAAUAAAGAAGUAUCCGUGUGUGUCGGUAGUUCGGACCAAUGGUUAUGUAUUGCUCGUUUACCCCUGGAGUUCUCAGAGGACGAAUUUACAUCCCUUGUUUCUAACUACGGACGAGUAAAAGCUUCAUUCCUAGUAUGCUCCGAGACUACUGGAGAAAGUAAAGGAUAUGGUUUGGUAAAAUAUCAGACUAAUGAAGCUGCAGCUCAGGCCAAACAUUUACUUAAUGGUAAAGAUGUACAGUGCAGUACAGUACAAGUAGAUUGGUUGAAUUCUACACAUAUAUCCUACACUCAACUUCAUUCUAAAUGUUUGUACGUGGACAACCUGCCGCCCAACUACAGAGACCUCGCAGGGUACAGGAAGAUGUUCUCUGUCGUCAGAAACCCGCCAUACUGUCAGAUUGCGAUGAGGAACGGAGUUCUCCAGGAUUGGGGUUUAGUUGAGUUCUUUGAUGCUGAUGAGGCAGAGAUAACACAAACCCAGCUCCAUGGACACAAUAUCAACGGACACAAGAUCCGUGUACAGUACUGUAUACCUGGAGUAAACGCGAUCAACAUCUACAUGAGCGUGGUGAAUGCUCCUGAAACCUCUAAGAAAGGUUUGAUUGACGAAGCUCCUAACUCCGCGGUGUAUACUCAGCUACAGAAACUCAGUACUCAGAACCCAGCCUUUGCUCAAAAUCUACAGAAUAUAAUUCAGCAACAGAUUGAAAAUAUUCAAUCCGGAGGUUCAGGCUCCAGGGAGGAACAGGAGCAGGAGAACGCAGUCAACGCGAGCGCACAAGCCGCGCUCAUGAUUCUGUUAACUGCACACCAGCAGGCGCAGACCGGUGAGAACUGUAUCCUGCAAAAUCAGGAAGUUGUAAAUGUUCUCCAAACUCUGGUCUGUGAGAAGGAAGGACUUCAGCUUGAUCCUUAUGCAGAGAUCAUGAGUAUACCCAGUCUUCAGGUAGCACUCGGACAAGGGCACCCUGAGCUAUCCUGGAAUCUUCAACCUGAACCUAACUAUAUCCAGGUACAGGGAAGAUCUCCGCCUCCUGUGAUAGCUAACAACCUAAAUCUUCUCUCAAAUACCCAGACAUUGAACGAGUUGCUGGGAAGUUUAAGAGAACAAGAUCUAGCUCCUCCUCCUCCUCCUCCGCCUCCUCCAAUCAGCAGUCCUAACAUCUCCGUCCCUCCUCCCUCCCAACCUCCUCAUGUAUCCAUCCCUCACAAUGAUUUCUCUUGUCCUCCUCCGUUCACUCCUGUACAGCCUCCGCUAUCCCGUCCCUUACACUUCUUCACCCCUCCUCCUCCCCUUCCCAGCCCUCAUCAUCUGAUGGGCCCUCCUCAGCCAAUGUUUAUCAACCCCAACAUGUUCCAAUUCCCCUCUCUGAUGCUACCUGGAGUUCAAGUAACCGGCCCUCCCCCAGCUCCCAUUUUUCUAGCAGGUCAUCAGCUAAUCCCUCAGGUAUCUUUACCAAACGGAAACACUCUUUUCCCGGGCCUCCCCCUCCUCCCUGGAUGCUAUCUCCCUGUCUCCGAACCCUCCAGUCCUGUUCCCUCCAAUAUUUCCUCUGGGUUUCCUCACACACCCUCCCCUAACAGUCUAAAGCGUAAAGCCUCUAUCCCUCCGAGCCCGGAGGAGAGUCCGGAGGGACGAUAUAUCGGUCAGCACUCUCAAGGACUAGGAGGACAUUAUGCUGACUCCUACUGGGCAAAGAAGAGAAUAAAGCAUCACUAAAAACACCAAAGAAAUCUCCCAAGACAAUCCUGCUCAUCUUGUAUUAUAUCAACCCAAAGAAGACUAAAACUCAUCACAUCUGACAUUGUUUGAUCUAACAAGUGUUAAUAACGGCUGUUGUGAACAUUACUUGCUUAUUUAAUUGAAACUAUGUGGCAUUUCAGACCAAACCAAGAUAUCAUUGCAAUUUGUAAACAUUGAUGGUACUUUUUAUUCUCUAAAGUCUAAACCAAGAAUAUUUUUAUCGUUCAAUGGAAAUCUUAUAAUUCCUUUUUUCUACAUUUUGUUCUGUAGAGAGGGUUCAUAAUUGUAUUGGCAUUAUUUCGCUAUUUCUUCUCAAUCCAUCCCAAUAAGGCUGUGAAAACAAAACAAAAACAUAAAUUUGAAAAAUUAUAAAAUAAUAAAUUCUAUUCUUUUU